AUGUGACAAAGUUAACAAAAGGGAUAGUCAGUGUUCAUGUUACAGGCAGUUACCAAGCUGAAAUACGCAGACAUUUUUAAACAGCAAGAUGUUUUUAUCUUGGGAAACAUGGACUUUAGUUAUUGCUGGUCUAAUUCUGCUUUAUAUAUAUGAGACGUGGCCAUAUGGAGUAUUUAAAAAUUUGGGCAUUCCAGGACCUAGGCCACUGCCUUUUCUUGGGACAGUUAUUCAUUACAGGAAAGGUUUUUUCAACUUUGAUCUGGAGUGCAUGCAGAAAUAUGGCAAAAUGUGGGGUGUUUUUGAUGGAAGAAAGCCUGUACUUGGUACUGUGGACACAACACUUCUUAAAACUGUGUUGGUUAGGGAAUGCCUAUCCACAUUCACCAAUCGACGGACCUUUGGAAAGUCUGGAAUCUUGGAUAAUGCCAUUACAACUGCUGAAGAUGACCACUGGAAGAGAAUUCGAAGUGUUCUGUCACCAACAUUCACCAGUGGAAGACUGAAAGAGAUGUUUCCGAUCAUAAAACAUUAUGCAGACAACCUCUUAAGAAACAUUCAAAAAAAGGCGGAAGCCAAUGAGCCUGUUCAAAUGAAAGAGAUUUUUGGAGCCUACAGUAUGGAUGUGGUCGCCAGUACCUCAUUCAGCGUAGAUCUCGAUUCCUUGAAUAGAUCUGAUGAUCCCUUUGUUAUUAAUAUUAAGAAAGUCCUCCGUACCAGUCAUCUGAGUCUACUAUUUGUCCUCCUAGUUACAUUUCCUUGGCUCAUGUCCUUCUUGGCCAAAUUCAGAAUAUAUGUGUUCCCCAGAGAACCUUUUGAUUUCUUCCCUCAAGCUAUAAGUCGUAUCAAGGAAAAGAGGAAGAAGGGUGAAUGCAUGGAUCGUGUGGAUUUCCUCCAGCUGAUGGUCGAAUCUCAAAUAUCUGAUCAAAGGAUAGAGUCAAUUGAGAUGGACCAGUCCUAUAAAGCCCUGACAGACCAAGAAAUUCUAGAUCAAGCUGUAGUCUUCAUUUUUGCUGGAUAUGAGACGACUAGUAGCACACUUUCUUACAUGGCUUAUAAUCUCGCCAUCCACCCUGAUGUACAGCGAAAACUACAGCAAGAGAUUGACGAGACCUUCCCCAACAAGGCACCUUUAACAUAUGAUGCAGUAAUGCAGAUGGAGUAUCUUGAUAUGGCGCUAAGCGAGUCUCAGAGGCUCUUUCCUGUUGCUGGACGUGUGGAGCGUGUAUGCAAGAAAACUGUUGAAAUAAAUGGAGUAACCAUUGUAAAGGAUAUGGUUGUUAUGGUACCCCUUUAUGCUCUCCAUCGGGAUCCAGAACACUGGCCCGAACCAGAAGAAUUCCGACCUGAGAGAUUUAGUAAAGAGAACAAAGAAUCCAGAGAUCCGUAUGCUUAUAUGCCAUUUGGAGCUGGACCACGAAACUGCAUUGGAAUGAGAUUUGCUCUCCUCACUAUGAAGUUAGCACUUGUGACACUAUUACAGGACUUCUCCUUGGUUCCUUGCCAUGAAACUCAGAUCCCCCUGGAACUGGAUGUCAAGGGUGGGCUCACCCCAAAGAAGCCUAUAAUUCUGCAAGUUGUGCCUCGGACUCGCACAGACUCAGAAGAGUAAUGGCAAGGGACCUUCCAAGAAUUGUUAACCUAUGAACAGUCAUUCUGCAUGCCUACACAGUUCUUUUAAUGGUUUAGUGCCUUCAGUCGUCUCCCAUUUAAUGUAUAUUGACCACAUUGUUUGUAUCCGCUCAUUUAAUUAGAACAGACAUCAUUAUAUGAAUGUUUUCUGAUAUAAAUGUUACAUUUUUACAGCUUUCUAAAGCUGCAUCUCAUACUGCCCCUCACAAUAAAAAGCAGAAUCAGAGCAAGUUAUGUAGAUUCUUUCAACAUGUCAGCUCUGAUAUCCACUCUGUACAAAACAUAUGUAUAUAUUGUGUUUUGUCAAUCACUCUUUAUAUAAUGCCACAUAUGUAUUGUCUUUAUACUGUUGGGCCAUUUCUGGUAUUUGCUGUGAAUAUAACACAUGUAUAUAUUGCAUUUUUUUUCAUUUAUCUAUUGUGUUUACCCCUGGGUUGAUACUAAAUUAGGUCCAGUGGGAUCAGUUCCCUACCCACAGUUAACAAAUUUAAAAUAGAAUAAAGAAAAUAUUGUAGCAUUUUAUUCAGAUAGAUAAAGGGGAAUAAUAAUCUGUUUAGGCAGAAGUUCAUGGGCCUUAUCUGCUACAAAUUAGAUUUGUCAUUUUGAUUGGCUAUGUACUAUUUAACAGUAAUAUUAGAUUUUGAAAAGAUGGUCCUACACUUGUAAAAGUGUGUCUCUGUGUGGGGUGCUCCCCCUCACCCUAUGGUUCCAGCACCCUUAAUAGUAUUUUAACCUUGGUAUGUCAUUCCCCCUGUACCCCAAAUGUCUGCUCCUUACAUACAAUAACUCCAAGAUUUCUGUACCUUGGAGGAGUGGGAGUAACUUUGAUGUACCACAGCUUUGGACUUAAUAUAUCUACUUUUUACAGUGUCAUGCUAUUGAGGAUAUCACAAACAAGCCCUCCUGAAUAUCCCUGGGAUUGGAUUCAGAAGAUCUACCCAGCACACCAGUGUUAGUCUAUAUUGAACUGCCCUCUCUGCUUAAAAAUAUUUACCGAUUCAGAUGAGGGAGGGCUCUAAUGGAGUCUUUGUGAAUAACUGUUGUUGAGCUACAUUAAGAUGCAGGGCGACUUGGCACAGUUGCCCCUCACUGAAUGGGCCAUCAUCCUGCAACCUGACAUUGCAGUGAAGGUUGGGGUUAUGGCUAGCAGUACAGGUCAGUGUGCAACUGGGUAAGAAGUCAUAUUCUAACAAUAUGAACUGCAGCAGUUACUACAUAAACAGGCGUAGUGGAUUCUCAGUACAGUCCAUCCAUUAAAGUUGUGCCGUCUGCUAUAAAUCGCAUUGUGCAGUGAUGAGCCAGAGGACCUUUGAGCUGCUGCUUCUGCUUUCUAGCCAGAGCAGACACUAAGCAGUAUGCACUUAACCGCAUUUAUCCAUUUAAUCUCUGCCAGGCAACUUUAUUGCAUUUAACUGUAAGGUUCCUUUCAUCUAACUGCAUGUUUCUCUGAACCCCCUAUUGUAUUCCGACAGUUUUUUUUCCUUUCUUUUUCCCCCUACAUUAAGCUGUUAAGUAUGUUAACAUUCUUUAACCAGAAGAGCAGUGAAACUUAUAUUUUUUAAAGGCAGACAAUGUAGUGAGUAUGUAAACACUUUGUUAUAAAAAUAAGAUGACAAAAAACAAUAAUAAAAGUGCUUUCACUGUGUAAACAAAUAAA